AUGGCCUCAUUGCAGGAAACACCAGUAUCCAGACGACUCAGCACGGUCAAACACAUCAUCGUUGUUCUCUCAGGCAAGGGUGGUGUUGGCAAGUCAUCGGUCACAGCACAACUUGCGCUAUCUUUGCAUGCGUCCUCUUCCUCUGCUCGCGUAGGGAUACUUGAUGUCGACCUCACCGGACCUUCAAUACCUCGAAUGCUUGGCUUGGAUGGAAAGGGAGUCGUGCAGAGCAGCGAUGGAUGGGUUCCCGUCUACGCGGACGGAUCGGAGGCAAGGUUAGCCUGCAUGAGCGUGGGCUUCCUCUUGAAGCGCAAAGAAGAUUCCGUCGUAUGGAGAGGGCCAAAGAAGAAUGCCAUGAUCAGGCAAUUCCUCAGCGAUGUGCGAUGGGCUGAGCUGGAUUACCUCGUGAUCGAUACACCCCCUGGUACAUCGGAUGAACAUCUGUCCUUGCUGGAACACCUUGCACCCGUGCAUCAUAAACUGUCUGCGGUCAUUGUCACCACACCACAAGCCGUUGCCCUUAUGGACGCCAUGAAAUGCCUUUCAUUCACGCGCAACGUCUCCUUGCCUGUCCUAGGGAUCAUAGAAAACAUGAGUGGCUACGUAUGCCCCUGCUGCGGCGAGGUUAGCAACAUCUUCUCCACGGGUGGAGGAGAGGAAAUGGCAACUCGGGAACAGCUACCAUACCUUGGCCGCUUGCCGGUGGACUCUGAACUGGUGACCUUGCUGGAUGCCGCCGAGAACUCGGACGCGGAUCGGGAGGAUGGUCACACGGACGGUUCGUUCGAUGUACUCAAGAAGUAUCAGAAGACGACGUCCUCUUUACUGUUCAAAUCCAUCGUCGCGUCAAUCCUCGAGACGUUGACAAAAAUCGAGAACUGAAUGCUUACUCACUGAGCAGUCUGAUCCUGUAUACACUAUAUCGCGUUGCGUUGGGACUCUUGCGACAGAACCGCGUGGAGCCACCGGCCCCAGCUCUGGCAAGAAAAAAGUUCCAGCCAAUUGACCUGCUCUAGCAUGGUAAGGUCACAGGUCUUGCGCAGCUCACGUAGAGUCCAACGUAAACGGCGUUGGCAUAUUCGCGCAUAUCGGCAAUAUCAAUUCAGGCAUGAGCGCCGUGUCCCAAAUUCAUUUGUCUACCGGUCGUAAUCACUACAUCGGAGUCAGCAAGUUGGAAGUAUGUAACUUCACUGUGGCUAUUUCCUAUUGCACCGAUUGAAGCUGCGCGGCUGCUGUACAAACG